AUGCUAGUUAAGCGCCACUCAAAGGGACAAACCCCCAUCUCAAAAAUUAAACGUAAUAAUAGAGCUUACACUAAUAAGGCUGAGAUUGCCGAUCAAUUUAAUAAGGAUUUUGUCAAUGUGGGUCAAAACCUGGCCAAAAGAAUUGAAAAUUGUGAUGGAAGUCCGACCCAAUUCAUAAGAUCGACUCCAGUAGCUAGCUUUGUUUUGUCCUGUGUUACUGAAACCCAAGUAUGUUCACUACUUAAAGGUUUAAAUGAUCAUAAGUCAUCCCUAGAUAUUCCUAAUAAAUUAAUUAAAAUAGCUGCCCAGCCAUUGUCAGUACCUUUAACAUAUAUCUAUAACCAGUCUAUUGAAACUGGAAUUGUUCCUGAUAUUUUAAAAGUCUCACAAGUUUCCCCAGCGUAUAAGGGUGGUGAUGCUACAGACCCUAGCAACUAUCGGCCCAUAGCAACUCUCUCACCUUUUAGUAAAGUGCUCGAGCGUCUAGUCUAUAAUCAGUUAUAUUCAAUCAUAGAUAAACAUCAAAUCUUGUACAAAUAUCAGUUUGGAUUUAGGAAAGGAUAUUCCACUGAACAAGUUAUUCUUGAAAUUACUGACAAUCUGAAGCUAGCUACUGAUAAAGGUCAAAUAACAUGUGGUUUAUUUCUCGACCUAUCAAAGGCAUUUGACACAGUAAACCAUGAAAUACUGCUCUCUAAACUAUAUCUGUAUGGAAUUCGGGGUACAACACAUAAUUGGUUUGGAAGUUAUUUGCACAAUCGAGGACAAUAUGUUAAAAUUGACUCUACUAAAUCUAGCUAUGAAAAUAUUACCUGCGGUAUACCCCAAGGCUCGACUCUAGGUCCUCUUUUAUUUUUGCUCAUGUGAACGACUUACCAAACUGUGUCGACAAACUUUCGGUGCGGAGCUUUGCCGAUGACACCAAUUUAUUUUACUCUAGCGACAACUUAAAACAGCUUGAAUCCGUAAUGAAUCAAGAGCUGAAACAAAUUUAUAACUACUGUGCUCUAAAUAAGUUAUCUAUUAACACUGCAAAGACCAAUUAAUGUUAGUCUCAUCAUCUAGGUGCCACCCAAAGAUAAAUAUCACUGGUAUUGAACAGAAAGAUUACAUAAAGUACUUGGGAGUUUAUAUAGAUAAACAUCUCAAUUGGCAACCACAGAUACAACAUGUAAAUAAUAGAUUAGCUAAAAAUUUAGGAAUCCUUUCAAAACUAAGAUAUUACAUAGAUCUGAAUAUACUGAAACAAAUUUUUUACGCUUUGAUAUAUCCCUAUUUGAGUUACGGUAUUCUUGCUUGGGGCUGUGCCAGCAAAACCAGAUUAGAUUGUCUUCGUAUUAA